AUGGUGAACCCAGGUAGUAGUGCCCAGCCACCCCCGGUGACCGCUAGCACCCUCUCCUGGAAAAGAUGUGCCGGAUGCGGAGGCAAGAUCGCAGACCGAUUCUUGCUCUAUGCCAUGGACAGCUACUGGCACAGUAGGUGUCUCAAGUGCUCGUGCUGUCAAGCUCAACUUGGGGAAAUUGGUACCUCGUGCUACACAAAAAGUGGGAUGAUCCUGUGCAGAAAUGACUACAUCAGGUUAUUUGGCAACAGUGGAGCUUGCAGUGCUUGCGGACAGUCCAUUCCAGCCAGUGAAUUGGUCAUGAGGGCACAAGGGAACGUGUAUCAUCUUAAGUGUUUUACGUGCUCAACUUGUCGGAAUCGCCUUGUCCCAGGGGACCGGUUUCACUACAUCAAUGGCAGUUUAUUCUGUGAACAUGAUAGACCUACAGCUCUUAUCAAUGGUCAUUUGAAUUCACUUCAGAGCAAUCCACUACUGCCAGACCAGAAG